AUGCCAGUCGACUUUGACAAACAAGCUUACUGGCACGACCGCUUCUCUACCGAGACCUCCUUCGAAUGGCUCCUCAGUUCUGCCGAAUUCAUCUCCAUCAUCAAGCCCAUUCUCACAAACCUUGAACCCUCAUCAGCCCGAAUCCUCCACAUCGGCUCCGGAACCAGCGACUUACAAAACUACUUUCGCCAUCUCGGCUUUCUGGACGUCACAAAUGUCGAUUAUGAGCCUCUAGCUACGGAAAGAGGCCGAGAGCUGGAGAAGCAAGCCUUUGGAGACGUAAAGAUGAAGUAUGCCGUGGCAGAUGCUACCGAUUUGAAGCUCUCAGCUGAUAAUCAUGAUGAAGAGUGCAAAUUCGAUCUCGUGGUUGACAAGAGCACCGUCGACGCAAUCUCCUGUGGCGGAGGAGAGCAAGUUCGACGUAUGGCGAGUUGUGUUGAGGAGCAUCUUGCACCAGGUGCUGUGUGGAUCUCAAUGAGUUACUCUGCGUAUCGUUUUGACAUUGAAGGGUUGCCGUUCAAUGUCGAGGUUCUGGCAAAAGUGCCUACGCCGAAGAACAAAGCGACGGAUCCGGAUAUAUUUCACUGGUGUUAUCUGUUGCGACCAAAGUGA